AUGGCUGCUCGUACGAAUCUUCCCGAUCAUUCAUCCGAAAAUAUAGAUGUUCGAUCAAUUCUAGAGACUCAAUUAAAAAACUUCAUACACGAUUAUCGAGUACAUAUUUCGACACGAUUUUAUGUUUUAGCAACUGUUCAUGAUGAUGUUGAUGGUCAAUUGCAAGAAAGAUUAAGGGAAGCAAAGAGAAAUAUCACUGGGAAAAGAAUAACAGUCAUUCCUUAUCUUUUGGCUAAUUCUCAUUGGACUGGAUUGGUAAUCAAAUUUAACACGAACCAAAACAUUGAAUGCGCCGAAUUUAAUGAUCCAGUAAUGGAUUCUACUUUCAAUCUAGAAAAUCUAGAAAAUAUAUUCACUGAAAUAUUUCCAGAUACUUCCUUGAUUUCAAGACCUGUUCAAUAUCCAUCUGAUCGAACAUCUAGUGGAUUAGCACUUAUUCGACACUUGAUCAGAGCGAUCGCUUCGUCAGAAUCAAGACAGAUUAAAUUGCCAGAUGCAGGGUACUUUCCUUUUCCAGGUAAUGAAAACAAACUUCGUAAAUUACGUAAGGAAUUUGACGAUGGAUUGAUAAAACUUAAGAGUGGGUUUCUGAGAAAACCAGACGGUCAUGGGAGAGUCACCUC